UUUCAUAUCCAUGAAAUCAAUUUUCAACGGGUUUUUCAACUUUUCGUUUUCAGGCUUGCAUCAUCCUUUGAUCAAAUCUUGAAUUCCAUAUUGAUGGAAUCAAUUUCAACCUCUUUUUUUUUUUUUUUUUUUUGCGGCUUGCAUCAUAAUUUGAUCAUGAAGUUUCCCUCGCAUUUUUAUCAUCAAACUCGAAUUCUCCUGAGACAAAGGCCAAGGCGGUGAAAGCGAUUGAAAAAUUUGGAGCAUGAAAAGACAGCGCCGCAUCUUUGUAAAUGGAGACUAUUCGUUUCACUCGCUCUCUCGAAUCUCGAUCACUCAAUUAUACGUUUACAUUAUUGGAGUGGAAUCUCUCAACUUGAAGAAGGCUCCGCUUCUUAUCAAUCUGAUGAGGAUAUGCACAGCCUGUGCGUGACGCGUCCAGAUUAUUAUGCGAGAUAGGUUUUGUGGAGGAUUGAAUGGAUUCAACACUAUGAGCGGCAAGCAAUGUGAAAUAAAGAGGGUUUGAGAGGAUGGUGUAGGGGUUAAUUGAAAUGCUGGCCUUAUCCUCAACUGAUGACAAGAAAAAGUUUGCAGCAGAAUCUUAAUGAGGGAGAAUCAAUGGAAAUGGUGACCCUUGCUUUUAAUAUACCAGUGAGCAUCGUGCAUUUUAUCUUCAUAUUUUACUAGAAAUAACAUCUCAAUGCCUCAAAAGUUUGUUUGAUGGAGAUAUGUAAGAAUCUGUCCGAGUUUCGUCAUUCAGUUUUAUAUUUUUCCAUUUUACUUUCCUUCCUGGAGGGGGUGGAGAUAAUUGAUGUCCUACUAAGGUGUUCUGAUCCAUAUGUUUAUGGGACCGAUGAAUACACUGAUGGAAAUGAACUGGCUAAACUCUUAUUAAUCUCCACAUCAGCUGCAGACGUAGAAUUCACUGCAUUGUUCAAGUUGCAGGCAUGUCCAAUAUGAAUUGAUGCCAUGUCCUCGUAGCUUUGUUCCUUUCUAACAAAUUUCAAGUGUGAAUUGAAUUGGUGUUGACAUUGUUCUGAUAUGAAGAGACCGACAUCUAACCCUUCUUUCAAAGGGAGAGACUUCCCAUCAAUGAUGGUUGUAAAAAGAUUUUAUUGAUGUUUUCACUUAGCUUAUAAUAAAUCAAAUUCUAUUUCCAUAUUUUGUGCUCGAGAUUUCAUUAAGGCUAGUUAUGAAAUUAUUGAUAUUCUUGAUGGCCGAUGUCAUCACCCCAGUUGGCCAAAUAGAAGUGCUUUCUGGUAAUGUUUUUAUGUUUUGUAUCUUCUUUAUUCCAACUAUAACGGGGUUUUACAUAGAUUGAAGGAUACAUCUUUAGAUUAAGUGAUGCCAUAUGCAACUUUGUUUGUGAAAAGAGGGUCACUAUCAAGCAAAUCAUCGAUAAGGGCCAUUUUCCUUAUCCAAAACAACUAUCUGAAGGAACUUGCACUUUUCUAUCCAAUUACUUAUGUCUUCCAAAUUGUUUCGACUAAACAGUUCAAUCCACUAGCCCUUCACCAGCCUUUAUAAAUACAUUCGUUUAUGCAAAGUCACCAUGUCAAAGCCUAAGCAAACAUACAACCUUACUCCCAUUCUUUCAGCUUCUUGUUCCUUGCUCCUCUACAAGCCUUUGGCUUUUCUCUUUUCCUCCUGCGUUUGUUAGUAUAACUGCAGCCAUUUCACCUAUCUUUAGAUAUUUGGUUUUAAAUAUCUUUUGGAAGGAAGAAGAGUGGUUGAAUUAUAAUGGAUAGAUUGAGAAAUUUGGCAUCUCAGAAAGCAGUAGUGAUUUUUUCCAAGAGCUCAUGCUACAUAUGCCAUAGCAUCCAGACACUCUUUUAUGAGCUUGGUGCAAGCCCUGCUAUUCACGAGCUUGACCAUGAAGCAAAUGGGCGAGAAAUUGAUUGGGCUCUUAGAGGUCUAGGGUGCAACCCCUCUGUUCCAGCUGUGUUCAUAGGAGGAAAAUUUAUAGGCUCAGCAAAAGAUGUUAUUUCUCUCCAUGUUAAUGGGGAUCUGAAACAAAUGCUGAUAGAUGCGAAGGCCAUCUGGUUGUAAUGCUACAAAAAGCUAAACCAGGUGGUUCUUUCUUUGUUUCGUUUUGUCCUUUUUCCCCCCUGCCUUUAUAAUGUUGAAAAGGCUCGUACAAAAUGUUGUAAGAAGGCUCUGAUAGUUCUUGAGUUUACUUACUGAACUGUAUAAAAUGAAGCCAUACUUACCCUUGAGAUCUAAAUGUAGGUUAUCUUUUCCUUGAA